CAUUUAAAAAUGAACCGCCGCGAACUGCAGCUUGGGUUGGGAGGUUCUGUUUCUUGACGGUGUGGAUAAUGACUUCUCUUCAGCAAAGCGUGUUGAAUAUGAUUAAAUGUUUCCGAAGAAAUUGGCGCUUAUUUUCAGACUCAGAAAGGACUACUGUGUGUGGUGCAGAUUAUAUGCUGAUGGCUUUGCACUUAUCUGUUGCUGAAAUCAAUAAGAAGCUUUGUGGCGAGUUUAAAGCAUCUCUUAGUGAAGUGGUAUUACUUUGGAAUUACCUUGUUCCUGACAAGCUAGCCAUAUUACCUGAAAAUGCAAAAGCUCCUGAAAACUUUGCAGACAUCAGAAAUGCAUACGCUAACUUUUUAAAGCGCUGCAAUAUGAUGGAUCUGGUAGAUAUAUAUAAAAAAUGUGGGACGCUAGGACUGAAAAAUGAAGCUAUAUCCUCUGUACAAUUGUUAGAAUUUAUUGCUGGAACAGCAGAUUUAACAAGUGAGAAUAAUUCUGUUUCUACACUCUCCAUGCCAAUGAGCAUAAUGAACCAGGAUAAGGAAGAGCUGCCAUUGAUGGUGAAGAAAACUUUGUAUGCAUAUUUAACCUUAUUGGUUAAUUCCAAAAAUGACCUGGCUUUUGCUCACAUUUUAAACAUUCCUGAUAGAGGACUUGGAAGAGAGGCUUUUACUGACCUAAAGCAUGCUGCACAGAAGAAACAAAUGUCUGUAUUUCCGAUGGCAACUUCAUUUAUACGUGCCAUAGAACUUGGAGGAAAAGGAUACGCUCCUUCACCAACUGAUCCUUUAAGAACUCAUGUGAAGGGGCUUUCUCAGUUUAUUCACUUCAUUGAUAAACUGGAAGAAAUUAUUGGUGAAGAUCUGGAUCCAAGACAUGCAGGGGGCCGAAUUCUAUCAACAAUCAAGAUGCAGUUGAUAAAAGGCCGAAACAGCAGGGAUCCUUUCUGUCAAGCAGCAGAGGAAGUUGUACAAGAUUUGGAUUUGAGGAUUAAAAAUAUUAUCAAUUUUCAGCAUGAGGCUGUGGCAGCUAGCAAUACUGGAAUCAGUCCAGUCCGACCAAAACUACAUUCAAUAAACCAUGACACUGUUUACUGUGGCAGAGAUACUGUGAAGUCCUUAUUGGCUGUUUUAGACGAAGCAGCUAGUCAUCCCCCUUUCAGCAACAAAGCUUUCUUGUUGUUUGGUGAAGAACUUGGAUUUCCUUCUACCAUGUUAUUGUUCAAAUCUCCAACACAGUCCAGUGGAACUUCUCCCAAAGCUCUGAGGCAGCGGAUUCAAAUGGCAGUACGUGAAAAAGUUAAGCUGAAGCAACCUUUAAUUAGAUCUCAGUUUGCUUGCACUUACAAAGAUGACCAAAUAAUUGAGGCAAAGGAUCAACACCUCAAUGCAACUCCAGUGCAAUAUCCAGCAUUCCAAAAAACAGCAGCAGCUUAUACUGAUGACAGAUCAAUUUCAGAAAUCCUGCAUUCAUCACUUGAAAAUACUACACUUGGAACUAGUUCUGGAAAUGUUCAUCAGAAUGGAAGGACAAGAAAAGAAAUAGGAAAAUUAAGUUGCCAGCCAAAGAACAAGAACUCAAAGAGGAAGCAGGUGGACAGAACUAGUGAAAAUGUCAUAUUCACUAAUGAAAAUAAAUCACCACAGCAUAUAUACAGUAAGAAACCAAAGACUGCAGUGAAAUGCCAGAAUAGUUUGGACAGCAAACUAAAAGAAACCAGAAAAUCCAAUAAGACUUUACCCAAAAAUAAGCUUAUUACUGGUCAAGCGAAACUAACUCAGUUCUUUAGACUGUAAAUGUCAGUGGCUUGAAAAGGCAAAAAUCUGACUACAUUAAUGGUCCCAUUGCAAUCAUGCAAAAAUUUUAUAUAUAUAGUACUUGCACAAUUAAAUCAUCAAGUUGUAUGCGGAAUUCUCAGUUUAAUAAUGCACUGUAAUUUUACACUUGUGUCAACAUGUGGCGUUCUGACAUAGAAAUAUUUAGAAUCUUUACAAACACACAGCAAUAUUUUAACCACAACUACAGUUUCUGUGACUUAUCAAGGAAGGUUUUAUCUCUUCCAAGUGAUGCACUUCAGGGGUGUUUUAGGCUUGCCAACAUGGUCGAUAGACUCUUCCCAGCAUACAUCUGAGCACUAAAGAAAACACACACACAAAAAUGUUUUUUUUAACUGUCAAGUACAUAUUUUUAUAAACUGAGUUUAAAUAUAUUGUCAUCUGUAGUGGCAUAUUGUAAAUUUUCACUA